AUGUUUGUGGCGUUUUGGGGCUCUAAGUAUUUCUUUCUCAGGCUAAUCUAUUUUUCGAUGAUAGGUCCAGCCCAGGCGCCAGGGUGGGACGCACGCCGGCGAAGCACCAUCAAGCUGCUGUACGGCCCCAGCAUCGCCUUCCCAGGCUUAGCUAGACUGAAAAAUAUUGGCCAGUGCGCUACUUGCGGCGCGCAACGCCUGCUGAAGUACGCGCAACGUACCAUAUGCUGCCGCUAUGCGUGCCUUAAGGCGGCUGCGGCGAAGCGGCGGGCGCGGCAUGCCGAUGGCAGCUUCUCUGACAUGCGUUUGUUUGAGCUUGAGGCUAUUUGUGAGAACUGUUUGGCGAAGAAGUCGCCGAAGAUUGCGCUCAAGAAGCAGCAACGAGAAUCGGAAGAGGAGGAUGCUGAGGCGGCGAUUGCUGAGCAUGAGAAGGACCGAUCGCCCGCCGCAGGCGAAGAAAAUUUGGGGGUUGCGCCGUAUCGUUUGUACACCGCGCAAGCACUCCAGCGUGGCUAG